AUUUUUAAAUAACUCUUCUGCUCUUAGAAAUGUAUUAUUUAUUAAUUUAAAAUGAGUACCUAUCUUAUUUAUUGACAGUUUAUCCCGGAAAAAAAUGGUGGGCGGGCGUUCCAAUUUCGGUCACAGAUGGCGUUGUAGUGAGACCAAUAUAUUUGAGAAUCAACUAUCAUGAAAAACAUAACUGUUAUUUAAAGUAAGUAAAUUUUUCUUGAAACUAAAAAUAACAAUUUUGUUUAAAAAUUCUUAUUAUUGGUAUUUAGCGUGACUAACAAAGAGAACUUGAGUAACUAUUGAUAUUAGUUAAACAGUCUAAAUAUCGUUUUAGCAGCAGAAUCGAGGAUGGCGAAGUAUGAAAUUUAAUUAAUUUAGCCUGCAUGCGAGUAAAAAAUUAACUCGGACACUGAAAUAAUUAAUUGUUGAUUUCUACUGUAGGCGAUACCUUCUAAAUAUGCAGAAUAUUGAUAAAAAUGUUCAUCAGACUUGUUUAAAGUCGAAAAUGGGAUGGCAAGAAACAUUUUUUUGUAAAUUCAGGUACCUAUAAUCUUAGCAAUAACUACUUACUACUACUAACUGAAGUUUCCAUUAAAAAAAGAACGUGUAGAUACUUCGAAAGUCAAUAAUAAUUAAACCUUUUAAUUAACCCUUAUGUACACCAAGAUACAAAAUGAUAAUUAGAGGCAACAACAAAUAAAAUAAAAGACUGCUAGUAAUUUCCCCGCCAUUGUGAUUUAAAUGGACACCAAAGAUAAUAGAGUUGUAGUUGUCAACAACGCGUCACAGAUCAAGUGGUGUUAUCUGUGGGGCUUCGUUACAUCAUGUUUUAUUGCCGAUUGGAAUGGAGGCUUGGCCUAUUAUACCUACAUACUCAAUAUUGUAUUCGCUCUCCAGAAUUUAUAAAAAAUAUGUAGACUUUUUUUUGGUAUAACUAUUGCGAUAACGGUAAUACUGUAAUACCUAUUACUAUUUAAAAUUGUUUCUUUUCAAUUCCAGAUUUAAAAAUAGGAUUGGACGUAGGUACUUCUCAAUCUGGCUGAUUAUUUGUGUGACUUGACAAGAUAUCGGUUUUUGCGUACCAGUAAUAGCAAAGGCAUACAAUGUGUCAAAAUUCUCGUCACGUUGGCGGGGUCCAGUUUGAGUGGCUGUGCUUUAAAACCAGUUCGAUACCCGUGCAAUACUAGCCUAUAUCUGAUACUAUAAUUAUAUUUAUUAUUAGAUAUAUCGGAGUGCGUGGAGCGAUGCGCGGGAAAGAGGUCUGCUAUAAAAGAUGGAGGACCGCUCUACAGACCACUGUUGUCUGUGACCCGCGGAGUGCAAAACGUUGAGAUGACGACGGUGGGUUGCAGAUGCGUGGUGGUGGUAGCGGCGUGUGUGCUGGCGGCGGCGCUGGUGUCAGCUCAGAUCACAUUCAGCCGCGACUGGACCGGCGGCAAGCGGGCCGCGCCCCAGCUAGCGCUCGACUGCGGCCAGUUCACCAGGCUGUGCAGGCAUUUCGUACACGAAUUGAAGCAAGCCCUAACAUCGGAGAUGACCAGCAAGCACCACCAGGAGCUGGACAAACCGCUCUACGACGAAGAAUAACACCGGUCGUAUCCUACUUGAGGACAUAGGCUAACAUGAUCGACUAAGCAAUGAAAUGGAAUUCAAUAGGCAUUACUGUUCGUGUGUUAUUUUCUUCAAUUUGUUUUGCAGUUGGAAAGCAUCUUGCGUCGAAACAACUAAUUUAUUAAUUACUCUUAAAAGUUGUUGCUGUAAAACGAUUAGAGGCCAAACAAAAAGUCGAUUGUCGAUUUGCAGUAUUCAAAUAACGAUUAUUAUUUAGUACCAUAAACAGAACUCAGUUCGUCAACGGGCUUAUUCCUAAAACCAACAAUAUGUUUAAAACUUUUACGGAAUUUAUUUCGGUUGCUGCUAUAAUAUAAAUUAAUUGUUGGUUCUUAUAUAUCAUUUGUUGAUUCUGUAGUUUGGGGAAGGCUGGCCCAACAUUGUAUUUUUUAAAUUUAUUUAAUUUUUUACACAAAUUGUCACACACUGAUAACAAUUUAAUGAUAUAAAAA